AUGGAGAGAAAUGGUAACAUAAAGUCGCCUCCAAAUGAAAAUAUGUCAUUUGCAUACAAUAACACGGAUAAUUCAUACGAAUCUAGCUCGGGAAGCGAUUCUGAAGAAAGCAAUGCUAGUCUAUUAGAAAAAAGCUCUCUUAUGACAAACAAAUUUAUGCUACCCAAAGAUUUGUGUGACGUUAGUGCUAUUUUCGAUGAAUUCUUUUCUCAUUCGCUCUGGGAUCUAUUACCUUCUGCCACACGACAGCACCUUGUGAAGUUUUUGCCGGUAUUUGAAGAAAACCAAUCUUCUGCAACUCAAGUGGUGCACGAUUUGUUAUCACACAAAUUACAUCGUUUUGGAGUUGAUCCCCUGCUUAACUUUCGUCAAUCCCUUGCAAAAGGAAACUUUCGCGCCGAUAUUGUAAAAUUGCAGCACAAUCUGGCGAAUUCUUUGAUAAAAGAGAGAAGAAUGGUAGAAUUACAGCGUAUGGCACGUUUAGCACAGUACAUGGUAUUAUCGCGAGAAGUUGCUAUGCUAUCGGAACUACAUUCAAAUAGCAUACAUUCCUUGACAACUUCCUUGAAAACAACGGCAGAUCAAUGGUUUCCACUUAAAACCCGUAAUCGAUGGGUACAGCAUGCGUACAGCACUCAGGAGAUGGUAAAAUGUCGAAAUCAUGCUAAAAAACGAUAUUUAAGUGAAAUCGUCAACAUAUCAGACACAGUUGGCAUAUCCUUAAGUGUCUCUGAUGAAGAAGAUUUUCUCGAUGCUAUGCCGACUGGCCCGAUUAGAAAACAACGUCGCAUAUACGGAGCAGUCCCACAAUUAUGCCAUGAUAUACUAUUUCAUUCACAACGCAACAGUUCAAUUAAUAUUUCACCUGGAACGGCAGGAAUAAACAACAUUGGUGGAAAAAAAAGUAACCUAAAUGCUGGUUUGAAUGGAGCAGGAGGAGGAAACGCAUUCGACGGAACAAUGCUAAAUGCGCCCAAAUUAUUUCUUGUCACUGAAGAACAUUAUAGAAAACUACUACUUCAGCAUAGAAAACGCAAAGUAGAAGAACCGGAUCACCCAGAGCUAGACUUGGAAGGCAUCAAGCUAAAGGAUGUCGUUAGCCGCACGCAAAUUGCAGCGGGAUACAGGAGAAUAUUGCCCCUGCCAAAAGUGUACAUAUCUGAAUCCAACUCGGAAAAUAUUGUGACCGGGAAAAGUAGAAUGAAGUCUAACAAAUUUGCAAAAUCGUAUCGAUCUUUAGAAGAUUUUGAAGACAUUAGAAAAAUCAACGAGUCAAAAUCGACCGCACACAAACCAGAACAAGCUAAAUUGUCUUCGGAACAACCGCGAGAAAUGAUUGUUGAUUUGAUUGAGACGCCAUUGAAAGCAAUAAUCUACCCAUCAGAGAAAAAAUCAUCUUCAAAUACGUCAUUGGUCUCGUUAUCGACAGGAACUGCUGGAUCGAUGGGGACAGAAAAAAUUUCAACCGGUCAUUUGCUUGGGAAUAAAACUCAUGCAUGUUUUCUGUCCGUUGUUCGCGAUCUGUUUUGCUCCAAUCCAGAUCAUCGGUCCACUAUGUCCGACCUUCAGCUUAAGCUGGACACGUGGAUACAGAGUCCUGCCGCGAAUCGCUGCGCUUGGUACGGGGAGUAUCAUAAUAGUGAUAGUUGGCAUUCGAGUCUUCACUCGGCAGUUCAAUUUCUUGCGGGAGAAUUUUGCCAUCUACCAGAGGAUUUCGUACCGUACAUCGAGCAUAAAGUGACACUAAACAUUUUACAAUGGAUCGGUGCUUCAAGAGACGGAGAUAGUCGUCUUGUGCCCCUUUGUGCAUAUUGGCAAAACAAAAAACAAAAUAUUGAAAAAUCCUCUGGUUUACAUAUUCCAGUCGAACGCUCGGUGUCACCACCUCCACCGCUUUUCCCUACUGACUGGUCUGUGCGGAAGGCUACUGAUGAAGAAAUAAACAGUUUUCGCGAGCAAGAGAAACGGCGUUACGAAAACCCGCACAUGUCUUUCACAUUCAAGCAACAUUCUUACGACAGUGUAGUUGGACCCGUAAAAGGAAUCUAUACGCAAGUGCCAGGCAUAUCUAAAGCUCGUGGCCACAGUAUGCUUGUAGCAGAUCGGCCUAAUUUCGUUACCAUUUUAACUUUGGUACGAGAUGCUACAGCCAGACUACCAAACGGCGAAGGUACCCGAGCAGAUAUCUGUGAGCUAUUAAAAUCCUCGCAAUAUAUAUCGCGGACAGCAACGGAUCAAGUUUUGCAAACCAUCGUCAGUGGUGCACUGGAUCGAAUGCAUACAGAACAUGAUCCAUGCGUGAAAUAUGACGCCAAGCGUAAAAUUUGGAUAUAUUUGCAUCGAAACCGUACAGAACAAGAAUUUGAACGGUUACAUAUGCAAUACCAAGGCUUUACGAAACACAGAAAACCAGUUGCAAAGAAAUCAUUAAAAUAUUGCAAAGAUAGCAUAUUAGCAUCAAUUGCACCAAAAAAUACAUUGUUUGGCGAUUGCUCAUUCAAUAACUUAAAUUUGUCCAACAAUUUAACCGAAGUGGACCGCGAUUCUUUAACAAGCUUCGAUAAUGUAUUGGACUUGCCUUCAGUAACAAUCACACCCGCUGCUGAUGAUAUACCAGACUCAGCCAUCACCAUAGCCGAGAACUCUUCCCCUAUCUCUAGCACUAGUGGAAUUGUGCUACCAACGACGUCGUUGCUCAAAAAGCAAUCAGUUGCUGCGCUCCUCAUUUCAAACCAGGCAUCAUGUACAGAUGUCGCUGCUAAAUCCUCGGCUAAUGAUUUAUCUUUGCUACAAGAUCGUUCGAAAGAAUCUAUGUAUUCGAUACAUCAUGAUAGUACAGAAGAGAUAUCAGAUCCCACACAAAAAAGCAGUGUUAAGCGUAGUGGAGGUGUAACGCUGUUUACAUCAGUAGGCAACAAUCUUAAAACGAUACAGAUUCCAAAGUCUUCUUUAUCUCUUGCCAUCAAAUCGGUAACAACUGAAUGCUGCCCUCGUGGCAGACCGUACUUCUAA